UAUGAAAAACCAAAAAAUUGAAAACACCAAAUUUGUUUCCUUCUUUCUUUCCACAAAAAUACUAAAAUUUCCCUCCUUCUUUUUCCUUCCAUACAUUAAAAAAACUCAAUUUUCCCUCCUCUUUCUCUUCCAUAAAAUUGAAAGAACCAAAUUACCCUAUUCUUUCCUUCUACAAAAAGUUGAAAAGUCAAAAGUUUCCCUCCUUAUUUCUUUUUCAUAAUCAAAAGAAUCAAACUUUCCCACUUCUUUCUCUUCCCACAUAUCAAAACCACCAAAAUUCUCACUUGUUUCUUUUCUAAAAAAUUCAAAGAACCAAAUUUUCCUCUUCUUUCUCUUCCCAAAAACUUGAAUUCACCAAAAUUUCCCUCUUCUUUUAAAAACAUCAAAUUACCAAAUACAUUAAUUUACUUUAUUUAUAUUUAAUUGAUAAUUUUAUUGAAUAGUUAAAUUAACCAAAAUUUUAAUUUAUAUAUUAUAUUAAUAUUGUCAUGAUCUCAAGUGACCUUCAUGUUUCAAUUUUUGUAAUUUUCUUAAAAUACGUAAUAUCAAGUGAGUUUCAUAUUUUUAAAAUUUCUUAUACGAAAUGAAAAAAUAAUUUUACUUAAGUUUAGAAUGAAAAACUUUAUUUUGAAAAACUAUGUAUUGUAUAUUUUUAUAAUUAUUCAAGUGGAUUAGAUGAAAUUCGGGUUGAGAUGGUCGGGUUACGGGUUAGGGUCAAUCGGGUUCGGGUUAAUCGGGUUGCGGGUCAGUCGGGUUGCGGGUCGAUCGGGUUCGGGUUAAUCGGGUUGCGGGUUAGUCGGGUUGCGGGUUAGUUGGGUUGCGGGUCGAGCAGAUUACGGGUUGUUGACUUUUAGUCAAUUCGGGUUGCGGUCGGGUUACGGGUCGGGUUGAUCGGCGGGUUAAUCGGGUCGGGCUAUGUUUUGACACCUAUAGCUAUUAUCACCAAAUACUAUCUCCAGAGAUAUGUUCUGUACAGAGGAGCUGGACUACUUCCUUUUGUUCUUUGGCUUUGAGCUCAAUACACAGAAAAUGAACGUUUAGCCAUUGCUAUUGUCACCAAAUACUAUCUCCAUUCAAUUCUUGUUAAGACCAAAGACUACAGAGAUAGAUCUUGCGAAACAUAAGUGUAGUAAAGCAUUUAACAGAAACUUACAGAAUAGUUGCUGUAUUAACAGCUGAGUGGAUGCAAGCACAGGCCAGAAGCUUUUGGUAACGCGGAAAAGCAGCCAUUUCUUGUUCUUUCAGACACACAGAUGUGCCAAUCCGACCUACUUCUCUUAUAUCCAACAAGACAAUUGAACCCAUCUGCAGGUAAGUAGCAGCUGUCAUCCAUACUGGCUUUGCCCAUCAGAAACCUACUCAUACAUGGGGAACCCACCCCAACUGGUGCACAAGUAAAACUUAGACCUUUCCAGCCUCUUCGAUACUAGCAUCCAUAAACUCUUUUGUGGUCUUUAUGUGAAAGAGCAAAACUGAUCGGCAAUCACCAACGAUUCUACUUAGGAAGAAAGAAGACUCCCUUUUUCACUUUCCUGAUCAGGCUGACAAACAGAAGUAGGUCCAUCUCCAUAUCCUUGUAAUUCACAUUGCAAAAACUGACUACAGAUUUCCAAAGGCACGUGUCGGUGGGAGAAUGCUAUGGCUGCUCAGAUGGCACAGGGAGAAACCAGUGCUAAAAUCAACUCAGCCCCUGUGGGAUUCUCAACUCUGUUCCCGAUAACAGAUUUGAGCUUCACUAUGUUGCAAGCACAAAAGGGAAACCGUAUACAAGAAUUUCUGACAUUCGGAGGCUCAAACUGGUAGGUUGAUGGGUGGGUACAUUACAUAGUAGCUAAAGUGAACUCCAGAUGAGGAUGAUCAGAUUGGCAGCUGCGGCAACCCAGUAGUUGAUGAAAGAACCGAAUCUGGACAUGUCCAGGAUCGAGUUACACACACAAAUGCCUAGUGCCAUCGCUCUACACUCACAGUGGGCAAUCUAAUCAAACAAGAGACAGCUCAAACUCGUGCUUUUGUAAAACAGAUCAUCUGGGAUGGGAACAAGAGCUUAAUCGCCUCGUCUCGUAGAGAGCCUAACCGCCUAAGUGCUAAAACUACAUGUAUAGAAGCCAAGUUUGAAUAAUCAGAGCCCACAAUCUGUAUGAAAGAGAACAAAAUGAACGAAACAAAAAAGACAGCAUAGCAGCAAAACGUCCUUAUUCAGGAUCGCGGCCUUCUCGCCGUCUAUUUCCGCUCUCUCGCCGCCAUUUUUCUUUCUCAGUGUCGCUCUCGUCAAGUUCUCUAUUAACCGUUCUCCCACGAACCCCCCACCGCCGUCGUCGCAUUCACGACAGACAUACAGAUACAGUCUAUGUCAUCGUUCUGUUCAUCCGCCGCCGCCAUUGCAGCAGGAGGAGUAGCUCCAGACUGCGUCGUUCUCUGCCGAUCGCCGGGAUUCCCCAACGCCGUUGCGGCGAUCCGACAAGUAAACUCGAUGUCCACGUCCAAGUGUGAUGUUUACCGUUUGAAAUUGCUAGCGCGAACACGUCGAGAAUAAGUCGGUAACCAAUCAGAAUACGCCAAGUCAUUCAAUUUGCCGCGUGUAACCCAGCCGUAGAAUCGAACAACAAAAGCUUUUGACACGUGGAUACGAAAUUUCCUUUUGUACCCUUAAUAAAAUUGCUGACGAGGCACUGAAGCAAAACUCUGUUCAGUGUUGUCUUUUACAUUAUAGCCCCUGGACAAUUUGUCAGGUGGUCAGCUAAAAAACUCGGUUAGUGCUAGUCACACUGACCCAACCCAACCCAACCCGAUCAAUUUCUAUGAAACUGGAGUGGUAUAAAAGGUCAGUGGUCUGCUAUAAGCUCAAUUUUUCAACUUUACAAAUCCAUCGUAUAUCCAAUUCAAUUAAUGGGUAAUUUGACUAUCUUAUACUUUGGGAUAUCAAUAAUCUGAUUGAGCUACAUUUUAAUUAAACUUACGGAAUAUGAUCUAAUUCGUCUAAUUGAUACACGAAAUAAAGAACAUAUAUACAACUUCUCUUUAUUGAUCCUACAAUAUAUAGAAUUGUUCGAAAAGUUAAUGCUUUAUUUGUAUCUUACGAAAUUGAAAAUUAGAUCAUACUACAUUCAAUUACCUCGCAAAUCGCAAUCAUGUAGAUUUCUCUUGAACUCCGCCGCUGUUCCUGAUUAAAUGUAUUAGUCAGGACAGUAAUUUACGAGUGACCUCUAACCUAAUUAAUUUGGCUCCGAUUCAACCUUCUCUUACGACGAGGUUAUUAUGGGUAUUGCAGCCAUCCCAAAAGAAAAUUGUAAAAACAAAAAGGAACGAAGCUAAUCGGAGCUUCUCCUGGCAGAUAUCGUUUUCUUUCUUCCAAAUUCAUUUACAUGAAAAAACAAUAUAUGGAUCGUCGAUCUGCUUAAAAUUGGAGCAAAACAAUCCACUGCGAAUUCAGAAAGAUUCCUGUUAGGGUUUUUCUGAUCCGUCCUCCUCACCAGUGCUUCAAUCCCCACUCUCUCGACAUGGCUGCGCCCUUCUUCUCUACUCCGUUUCAGCCUUAUGUCUAUCAGAGUCAACAAGCUGCUAUGAUUCCUUUCCAGAUUAUGGGUGGUGAAGCACAGGUGGUUCAGAUAAUGUUGAAACCGCAAGAAAUGGUUGUUAUGCGACCAGGUGCCAUGUGUUUCAUGUCCGGGUCCAUUGAAAUGGUGAACAUUUUUAUGCCUGAAAAUGAAGUAGGAAUGUGGCAUUGGCUUUUUGGCAAGACUAUUACCAGUGUAGUCAUUCGUAAUACUGGUUCAAGCGAUGGAUUUGUUGGGAUUGCUGCACCUUUACUGGCGAGAAUCCUCCCGAUUGAUUUGGCUAUGUUCGGUGGAGAAAUUUUGUGCCAGCCAGAUGCAUUCCUUUGCUCCAUCAAUGAUGUUAAUGUGAAUGUUGCGGUUGAUCCAAGGGCGCGUAAUGUGAUGGGUAGUGCAGAGGGAUUUCUGAGACAAAAACUAACUGGGCAAGGGCUUGCAUUCAUUGUUGCUGGUGGAUCUGUUGUACAGAAGAAGCUUGAUGUUGGAGAGGUACUAACUGUGGAUGUUUCUUGUAUCGCCGCCGUUAAUUCCACUGUCAAUGUUCAAAUAAAGUAUAACGGUCCUCUCAGAAGGGCUGUCUUUGGCGGAGACAAUAUGGUAACAGCUACCCUAACGGGACCAGGGAUCGUGUUCAUCCAGAGUUUGCCCUUUCAACGUUUUUCCCAGCGCAUUGCAAGGGCAGUGACAUCGCCAAACAUGAGAGAGAACCCCAAGUUCUUUGUUCAGAUAGCUAUCUUCUUUAUCCUGGCGUAUGUUGUGAUUGUAUCCUCCUUGAUCUUGACUGAUGUAUGAUAUGAUAGCCUUUGUUCCUCCUUUUCAUAUUCGUUCUCUUUCAAAUUAACCAUUCCUCUUUGGGGAAAACACUGAACAGCAUAGUUAGAGUGCAUCAAAUCAUAGUGCCAUUGCCAUUACGGUUGCCAGUUUUAACAGAAAUUGAUAGAUAUAAUCAAUAUGGUUUUGCCUUCGAUUUCAUUCGUUCGAGUUGGUUCGUCGCAGUGCAGGUAAUCGAUGUAAAAUAUUAUAUAUGGAUUUGGAUAGGUCAUGUAAUAUGAUGUAUACAUUUAGUUUGAAGUGGAUUUGGUCGUUGCUGCAUGUGGAUGUUCCCUUAUCAGGAUUGCCUUCUCCCUGUUUAUGAAUCAGCCAUAUUCGUGGCAGAGAAGACUUCAUUUGGGGGUAUAGUAAGAACACCAUACAAACGAAGCAGAUCAGGCCAAACGUCUUUGGUUGGCAUAGUGAAACUAAUAAUUUCUACCUCUCAUUUUCAUAUAUGAAUGGCUAAACCUCGUCCUAAUUUUAUUUUUAUCGCCCUAAUUUAAAGACGGAAAUGACGUAAUUAUCCAAAGACAAACGAUACAAAAAAACACUUCUCCCUUCUCAAUGCUGCCGAGUGCCGACAUAUGCCGCCUGCAUCCACUCAAUCCGCCAUCGACGUCCUCCUCCAAAAGACACCACCCAAUCCCGGCUCCUCUGUUCUUGCCGCUGUCGUUCUCAUCUAGCACUGCACACGCUACCGCAGUCUCUCUUCCAGUCGUCAUUCUUACCCGACGUAUCCUUUUCCCCAUUCGUCAUUCUCGCCAUUGCGCUGCAGCCUCUCCUCCGUCCUGCCGCUAACCCUUCUCUGACGUCUUCUCUUGUUUAAGGUAAUGGCGAUAUAUAUACGAGUCAAUAUGUAUCAAUUGUAAGACUCGUUGCUGCACUCUUGCUGAUUCAUCGGAUAGCAUUUGAAGAGUUUUGAUCAGAUCCACCAUCUAAAUUCCAUUCCCAGGGGAAUUGUUACGAAGAAGACUCUCGCUCACCUACCCAUAUAUCUGUCUUUGUAAACUCUCGGAUCUCUCUCUUUCCCAUCUCUCGUUGACUCUUAUUGAAUGAGUGAGAGAUUUUGGGUUCUGUCUCUUAUAAUAAAAUAUCUACCAAUAAUCUAAAAUGAAAUGAUAAAGAAGUAAUUUCAAACGUAUAAUUUAGGGCGAUUAUAGAAGAUUAGGACGACAAUUAACAACUCCCUUUGAUAUAGGUCUUGCAAUCAUUGUAUGCCUCCAAAACCUAAAUGCUUUGGCUGGCUACGAUGUCUCAACUCGUACCUCUAUCAUUUAUCGUCGGUUCAAUUCAUGUUCGCUUAGGAGAAACAAAUGUGCUUACCACUUAAAUGGUCUUCAAAAGACCUUGUAUUUAAUAGAACUGAGGACAUCAUUGAUUGUGGUUAGUGACGGAGUCACGUUUGAGUACAUGUAAGGUAAAUUUACAAGUAAAAUUUGUAUUAAUUUUUGAAAAUAGACUACUUAGUAAGGCUCUACUGCGCUUCCUAUUUACCAGGGUUGUCGAAUGCAAGAAUCGACAUUUAUUUGUAGAUGACCCUUGCCCUUCUCUUACGAUCGGGUGUUGUUGCAGGAUUAAGUGUGAAGGUGGCACAUACUUAGUAUAUCUCAUUAAUCGACAGGUCACGCUUCUUUAUAAUGGACUCUUCCCAUUUCACAAACUCUAUUCCAAACAACCCAACUAUUCUUGGCUGAGUGUCCGGUUGCUUGUGCUUCAUUCCUUUUUAAAAGAAAGAACGUCAUUAGUUAGCUCCCAAGCGUAAAAGGGGUAUGUCUAUUAUGAUUCGGUUAAUCAUCGAGUUCGUGUGAUGUAUCAUGUCCUUUUUAUGGAGAACUGCGUGCAGCUGAACCCCAGGAGAGAUUUCGUAAGUUCCUCAAUUUCGUUACUCUAUUUUUUAUUUGAUGUCUGUCGUAAUGGGGCCUGCUCAAUUAGUACGAUAUUGUCCGCUUUGGGUCAAGCCCGCACGGUUUUACUCUUGGGUGUCCUCCCCAAAAGGCCUCGUACUAAUUGGGCUAGGUGGACACUUAUAUACAAGGGUUCCUUCCCUUGUAUUUCCGAUGUGGUACUUGGAUUGUCCCAUAACAAUCCUCCCCUCAAGCCAAGGACCACGAACAUCGUGUCCUCACCUCAGCGAUUAUCUUGAUCUGCCAAGCCCAAACUUGGAUUUCUCCUAGAUCCACCAAACCAGAUGCAAAUCUCAAAUCCCGAGGUCACCGAAUGAGGGUCCACCAAACUGACGUCCACCGCUCCAAAACGAACCAGGCUCUGAUACCACUUGUCAUAACGGGGCCUGCUCAAUUAGUACGAUAUUGUCCGCUUUGAGCCAAGCCCACACGGUUUUACUCUUGGGUGUCCUCCCCAAAAGGCCUCGUACUAAUUGGGCUAGGUGGACACUUAUAUACAAGAGUUCCUUCCCUUGUAUUUCCGAUGUGGUACUUGGAUUGUCCCAUAACAAUGUCGCUACUCACGGACGUUCUUCUUCCCAAGGCCACACGAAUGAGGCUUAGGAUAAGGUGAGUAACCAUUGGCUACUAACCUAUGAGUAAUUAAAUAUGGACCCUUAGAUCUAAGUGGACCCAGAAAAUUCAGAUCUAAGGGUUAUCAAUUAAAGACAUUUUAUUUUCCCUAGUUUUCAUAAUCGGCUCAUAUCUUCUUCGUUUUAACUCGGAUUUCAAUUUUUUUUGCACACAUGGAACGAGUUCGUUGUGCUCUACCAAAUAAGAUCAAUUUUCAAUAUUUUUCGAGAAUUUUUUUUUUACCAACUACAUACCAUAUGGUAACUUCUUCUUUUUUAAGUCGUUUUUGAAAACGUUUGCUCAGAAGGAACGAGUUCAUCAUGAUCUAUUGGAUCUACAAAUUUCUGGGUGAAAAAAAAUACUAGACCAAAAAUUACCAUACUUUACCACCAUGGUAUGUGGGUGGUAACUUAUGGUAAACAAUGAUGAAAGUCGUAAAUGACAGUUAGUAUACUCUUACUAUCAUGUAUUCAACCUUCUUACCAUAUGGGUAUGUUCAUACCAUAAAGGUACGUUUUCUUACCAUAUGGUAUUAAAUAUGAGCAUACCAU